CAGUUUUCGUUAAGUUGUAAUAAACGAUGAUGUGUAAUGUCAAAUCGUUUCCAACAAAUUGAUAAUAUUUUGCAGUUUUGUUGUACUAUUUUCAAGCAAUAUCGAAUUUAAAAAAAUAAUUUAAAUACCAGAUUUAUAACACGGUACCCAAGUGGAAUUUUAUCUGAUAAAUACCAUGAAUUACAAUUCAAAACAUGGUGAAGGAGCACCUGGUGUUCGUCGGAUACAAAGAGUUGUUGAUAACAGUGCCAUGAACUUCGCAUCGGCACCGCCACAAAAUUCAUACGUACCAAAUACAAUUCCAGCGGAUAAUAAUAGCGCUGCAUACAAUUACAAUGAUCAAGUAAAUAUGAAUCAAAAUGCUUCAUUUGCACCGAACUAUUCGAACCAACCAUCAAACACAUACUAUGAACCUUAUAACAAUGCGGCACCACAGUACAUACAACAACCGCAACAACCACAAAUAAAUGCCGGUCCCGGUCCCGGUCCAGCCAUCUUCAAUCCAAACGCUCCAAUUAACACAACGAACAAUUUUCCAAAUCAAUUUGCAAUGCUUCAACAACCGAUCGUUCAGGACAUGGCUCUACAGUAUGGCCAACGUUUGGCUGACCAAGGAAAACAAUUUGUUGAUACACAAGUCGAAAAAUAUGUAUCAAUGACACAAUUGAAAUACUAUUUUGCCGUCGAUAACAAUUACGUGGUGAAAAAAUUAAUUUUACUUCUAUUUCCCUACCAUCAUCGGGACUGGUCAUUGAAGUAUGAUCAAGAUAAUCCGGUUCAACCACGUUACGACCUAAAUGCGCCCGAUUUGUAUAUUCCAGCAAUGGCAUACAUUACAUUUGUCGUUUUAGCCGGUCUUGUUUUGGGUAUGCAAGACAAGUUCACACCAGAAAUGUUGACGCUAACAUUAUCGAGUGCAUUUGCGUAUAAUGCUGCUGAGUUGAUCAUUUACUUAAUCACAUUAUAUGUGUUUAAUUUGUCAUCAAUCAUGAAAAAAUUCGAUCUAGUGGCAUUUUCCGGUUAUAAAUUUGUGGCCAUCAAUCUAUGCAUCUUAGUUAGCAUCGUUUUUAAAAGUUUUGGAUAUUAUUUGGCACUUUUGUACACUGGCCUUUCGCUAUCCUUUUUUAUGUUGCGUACAUUAAAAGCAAAAAUGAUGCGAGAAUCAACGAGUACUGUUUCAUAUGAUGCAUAUGGUAAUGUUCAACAAGCCGACGUACACACGGACUAUUCGAUUGGACGGAAACGUAAAUUGUAUUUCCUGAUGAUUAUUUCGUUUGCACAACCAAUUUUAUCAUUUUGGUUGUCAUGGCAUUUAAUCCCAAGCAAAACCGUUGAAGUGGCGGCGUCAAUCUAAAGUAAAAAUUGAAAAUCUCUUUCAUUAAACAAUAACUCAUUGAAUAGCAUUGCAAUUUACAAAUAGAAGCGUUUAUGGGUCAUUGAAAAUGUAAA